AUGAUGUCGCAUGGUUUCAAUUUUGCCGAACCUGUGGCCUCCUGUGAUGACUCGACUGAUACAAAUAAGCAUAAAAGUUCUGAAGAUAAUGACUCUAUUCAAAAGUCAGAUUUUGUCUUAGCCGAUGGCCAUCUAUUACAAGUGAUUGAAGUAACAUAUUCUAAGUCAGGAAAAACUGGUCAUUCAAGGGUCUAUUUGAUUGGCAUUGAUAUAUUUGCAGAUCGUCGCUAUGAAGGUGUUUGUCUAUCGAAAGAUGUAAUUAAAGUGUCAAACGUUAGUAAAAAGGCUUAUCUUCUCGUAGAUAUCGAUAAAGAUGGUUAUGUUACUUUGCUCAAUGAAGAUACAUGCGAUACACGUAGUGAUAUAAAAUUAAAGCAAGAUUCAGAUAUAGCGCAACGGUUGCUUGGCACGUUUAAGGAAGGCAACGGACAGAUUAAAGUUACUGUCCUCAAAGCACUUGGCGAAGAGAAAAUUAUGGCAUUCGAAAUGAUAGAUUAG